AUGGCUUUCGGACGCGCUCCCCGCACCACCCACACGACGACCACCACCCACGGCGCCGGCACCCACCACGCCGACCGUCGCGGCGUCUUCCACCCGAUCCUCACCCUCAGCAACAUCCUGAUCUGGCUUUCCUCGGUGAUCGUCCUGGGUAUCUCGGCCUACGAGAUCCGCCAGUUCAAGAAGUACGCCGGAUCGGAUGCGUACCCAGGCAACCGCCCCGUGUACAUCCUGGUCAUCGCCGUCCUCACCGUCGCCUUUUCCUGUUGUCGUUCCUGCUCCACCCUCGCCCGAGCUACAGCUUGCUGUUCAACCUCAUCUUCAGCUACCUCUGGCUGGUCUCAGUUGUUUUCGCUGCCGAGAGCUACUCGAGCCGUUACGUCCCGAGCAUCUGGCAUGCGUUGGAGGCUUUUACUUUUAUCGCUUUCUUCGGUCUGUUGUUCAACAUCCUCUACACUUGGUGGCAGUGGCACCGCGCUGCUCCCCGCACUGCUACUGUCGUCUAAGUUGCCUGACUUUGUAAGGUGA